UUAUAAAAGUCAUCUAAUUUCAACACUUUUUUAUUUGUCAAUUGCUGUUAAAUAAAACACACCUAUAAUUAACAAAUCAUUCUAAUACAACAAGCAAAGCCCAUCCAAAUUGACGCUUUAUCUUUUUUGGCUUCCACCAUAUAUUAUAGCAAUCUUUGUUUUUUUUUUAAACAUACAACAACCUUUAUUUUGUGAUCAUAUACAUAAAUGGACCUUCUAGUAAAAACAGGGGCAGUGAAGCUUAGGAGUCACCUAGAGAAGUUCUUAGUAGCAGACGAGAAUGAUGAAUCGGUUCGACAAAGCCGAAACGGCUCGUCUCAACGAGCUGUUUGGAUUGUCGAACCGUGUUCGACUAACCGGGAUGCGGUCAGGUUCAAGAACCUCAACUCAGGGCUCUACCUGACCGCAUCCGAUAGUCCAUUUCUUUUAGGGAUGAUGGGUAAGCGGGUCGUUCAACUAUCCAUAUUCGACCCAAGUCGAGUGGAAUGGGAACCCAUAUGUGAUGGGUUUCAACUCAAGUUUAGAAGUUCUAAAGAAGGAAAAUAUUUGCGGGCCAAUGGUGGGACUCCACCUUGGAGAAAUUCUGUUACUCAUGAUUCACCCCUUACGGGUGGGACUAAUGCUUGGCUCCUUUGGGAUGUUGAGCCCGUUUCGUCGUCGGAUCUCGGGUCAUUUAACGACGCCUUAUCGCCUUUGUCGAGUUUUAAUUCGGUUUUUUCCGACGACUUUGGCGGGUCAUGCCCGGGUACACCAAUGUCUACGAGGUCUAUUAUGUCACCAGCCACAGAAUUGUUUACCAAGAAGAGAUCAGGAAUGGACUCGUUCUACAACGCAAAAACAGUCCGAUUAAAGAGCCACCACGACAAAUUCUUAAUCGCAGAGGAAGACCAAGAAUCCGUUUCACAGGAACGAAACGGGUCAGCCCGAAACUCAAGAUGGGUCGUAGAACCGGUUGAAGGUUCGAACCAUACGAUCCGACUCAAGAGCUGCUAUGGGAAAUACUUGACUGCAUCGAACCAGCCGUUUUUGCUAGGGAUGACUGGUCGGAAGGUGGUUCAGUCAAUGCCACGUAGGCUUGACUCAUCGGUUGAGUGGGAGCCCACCAAGGAUGGGUCACAGGUUCGUUUAAAGACUAGGUAUGGGAAUUAUCUUCGUGCCAAUGGUGGGUUGCCGCCUUGGAGGAAUUCUGUUACUCAUGAUGUUCCUCAUCGGACUGCUACUCAAGAUUGGGUGGUUUGGGAUGUUGAUAUUCUUGAGAUUUCGGAUUAUGCGGAUUAUAAGAUGGAGGAUUUGAAGCCCAAGGCGAAACCGAUUCCGGGUUCGGGUCUUGGACAGGUUAAUAAGGUUCAGCAUUUGGAUUCUUUUGGGUCGGAUUUGAGCUCGGUUUCUAAUGGGUCGGAAAAGUAUAACAGGCAAGAGUCAACUGACUCGGGGACAUACUCACCGCCUAAGCAGGAUGGUAGGGUAAUCUAUUACCAUGUUGCGGAUGACUAUGGUGGUGUUAAUGAUAGUGUAGAGGGUAGCUCCUUUACGUUCAAAGGCCACAGUGUUGCGGAGCUGACUCAAAAAUUGGAGGAAGAGACUGGGCUUGAGAAUAUCUUAGUAUGCACACGUAGCCCUUUGAAUGGGAAAUUGUAUCCCCUUCGCUUGCAACUUCCUCCAAACAACACAACCAUGCACAUUGUUGUGGUUCCAUCAACAUCGAGAUUGGCAGACGAAUUCACAAAAGUGGGAAUUUCAUGACAAGCUCAUCAAAUCGAGUUCUGUUCAUGGGCAUGAGAUGUUAAUACAUAUUCAGCAGAUAUUCAAGUUUCAUAUAGGGUUUGCCUUGUAGUGUUGAAUGAUCCAGAAAGUAAUUGCAGCCUUAGCAAGUGACGAUAGUACGAUACUGGAGUCAGGUUCCAUAAGCAAGUUAGUCGCCGAUUUUGUGGUGUUGCCUGUGACUUAGUUGAAGUGCUCCAUAUAUUUUUUCAUAUGUUUCAGGUCUUGAGCUGAUUUUUGUAGAAGCUAUGAUGUUCUGGCAGUUUUGUGUUGCUGCUUGUUAAUAUAUAUGUUCUUUUGGAGAUUGGUUUUCUGUGUGUGUUUGUUAUUAAUAAAUGAAUAAAGAAAUUAGCAUUAGACAGUAUCUCCAGAUUUCA